CAAAAGAUGCCCUCUUUGGAAGAGAAUCCAAAACACCUGAAGUAAUGAAAGUGAGGUUAGGCCUUUUCUUCCGGUUCGUAGAGCCGUAAGUUCGCCAAAAUGGUGAAAAUUAUGAAAGUUGGAAAAGUCGUACUGGUCCUCAGUGGCCGGUAUGCAGGCAGAAAAGCCAUUGUGAUUAAAAAUUACGAUGACGGUACAACAGAUAAACAGUACGGGCAUGCUAUUGUUGCUGGUAUUGACCGAUAUCCAAGAAAAGUUCAUAAGCGAAUGGGCAAGGCGAAAAUACACAAGCGCUCCAAAAUAAAGCCUUUUGUUAAGAUUCUUAAUUAUAAUCACUUGAUGCCAACAAGGUACACAGUUGACUUACAGUCUGUGCCAGUUAGUCCAAAGGAAUUAAAAGAUCCAAUGAAGAGGAAAAAAGUCAAAUUUCAAACAAGAGUGAAAUUUGAAGAGAGGUACAAGUCUGGUAAAAACAAGUGGUUUUUCCAGAAACUUCGAUUCUAAUUUCUCUUUAAAUAAAUAACCAUAUUAAAAAUUUA